AUGCCUAGCGACAUAACGAUCGCCGAGGGGCAGCUCAUCGCGCUCUUUAUGCAGAGCAUUGCGUACGGUGUGCACCUUGUCACCUUCGUGAUAUGUGUGUCAACGCUCCUCGACCGGCCAAAUGGACGGUUGCAUUUGAUGAGCAGUGCAUAUGGCCCGUGGCUCCUCAUUGCGAUCGCGCUGUUCGUGGUCGGGACAAUCGAUGUGUCCUUCACUUUCUACCACAGCUUGGUGGCGUUCAUUUUUUACACGGGCCAAGGAGGUGCGGCACGUGUGUUUGAUGACAUCUCUAACUGGGUGAAUGUCAUGAAGACCCAAUAUGUUGACGCGCUCUUGCUCAAGAUGUACCGCUGUUGGGCCGUCUGGAACCGUGGGUGGCCAGUUCUUGUGCUGCCCAUCUUCAUGUGGAUGGCGACGCUGGCGGAUGUGGGAGUAUACCUAUUCCUUAUUUGCACGCUGCAUGAGUCUACGACCAUACCUACCGCCGGGAAACUGCGCGUGACUCUGCUAUGUUACCUUUCCAUCACGAUGACAUUUAAUCUUAUAACAACAGGCUUGAUUGUAUGGCGCAUCUGGCGAGUGAAAAAGCGCUCUUCGCAGUUUUUCCAGCGGUCAUGGAGAGGCAGCGGACGGCUGGACCUCUCUGCAAUCAACACGAUAUUCGUAGAAUCUGCGUUGCUGUAUACCACGUCUGUUGUGAUCACACUCAUCACAUCCGUGCUGGGUAACAAUCUCAGCUACGGAUUCUCGGACAUCAGCCUAGAGAUGUCGGGAAUAUGCUUUGAUAUGAUCAUCAUCCGUAUCAGCAAAGGCCUUGCCGCAGAGCAGACGCAAGCAUUCGCAGAGACGUCCCCCUCACCGCCGACUGAAGUAGAGCUUACUAGAUCAUCUACCAAGAGCGAUCAGCUUGUUUCAGGCUAUACAGGGAUUAUGGAUAGCCAUGCGCGCAAUGGCGCAGGCGCGAGUGACACAGAGGCGGGACGGUCUUGGAUCAGUGCGGAGAGUAGGCGGUAG